CGUAAUCGUCGUGGAUGUGUAAUUGCGUUCGCUCGACUGGUUGCUUCUAAAUUUGGCGUAGCAGGGGCUGGACGCUCCAGUGUGCGAGGUGCUCUGCUGCUGCUGCUGGGAUGUGCAGGAAAAUGAGCAGAGUCACCUAUGCAUAAGGACGGAACUCACUGGAAAGGAUCGAGAACAAGGCUGAUGUGACAGGGGACACUCUUUUACAUGGCAUUUGCUGAAGAUUAUCGAGGAAAAAUGAACUAACUCGCACUUCUAUGAAGAAUGGAGUUUGAGGAUGUUUUUCCAAAUGGCCACUGACUGACCCGCCGUCGCGUCUGGUGCUUUUGUUUCCACACAGAGGAACUUUGAUAUUGCUUUUUAAUGAUUCGAGAUCUGAGUAAGAUGUACCCCCCUGCGCGGCAUCCGGUCCCGCACCAGCCGGGUCAGCCGUUCAAAUUCACUGUCACAGAGUCGUGUGACCGCAUCAAGGAGGAGUUUCAGUUUCUGCAAGCCCAGUACCACAGUCUCAAGCUGGAGUGUGAGAAGCUGGCCAGUGAGAAAACGGAGAUGCAAAGACACUAUGUCAUGUACUACGAAAUGUCGUACGGGCUCAACAUAGAGAUGCACAAGCAGGCAGAGAUUGUCAAACGUCUGAAUGCAAUCUGCGCCCAAGUCAUCCCCUUCCUCUCUCAGGAGCAUCAGCAGCAGGUGGUGCAGGCAGUGGAGAGAGCCAAGCAGGUCACCAUGGCUGAACUCAACGCCAUCAUCGGACAGCAGCAGCUCCAGGCACAGCACCUCUCCCACGGUCAUGCCAUCCCCGUUCCCCUGACACCCCACCCGGCCGGCCUGCAGCCCCCUUUACCCCCCGGGGCCAGCGCUGCCAGCCUGCUCGCCCUGUCCUCCGCCCUCAGCCACCAGCUGCCACUCAAAGACGAAAGGAAGCACCACGAUAACAGCUCUGAGCACCAGAGAGAUCGAGAUUCUGUGAAGAGCUCUUCCGUGUCACCAUCAGCCAGUUUUCGGACUGGAGAGAAGCACCGGAGUUCUGCUGACUACAGCUCAGACUCCAAGAAACAAAAGACAGAAGACAAGGAGUCCACACGAUAUGAAAGUGAUGGAGAAAAAAGUGAUGAAAACCUUGUAGUAGAUGUCUCCAAUGAGGAACCAGGCUCUCCAAGAGGAAGUCCAGCCCACUCUCCUCGGGAAAAUGGGAUUGACAAGAGCCGUCUUUUGAAAAAGGAUGCCCCUCUCAGUCCUUCCUCUAUUGCUUCGUCAAGCAGCACACCUUCAUCCAAAUCCAAAGAAAUCACUUUGAAUGAAAAGUCCACAACACCAGUGUCUAAGUCCAGUAGUCCAGUAUCUCGCACAGAUGCCCCGACCCCGAGCAGCACCUCCACUCCCGGUCUGAGAACAGCAGCUGGCAAACCUACAGGCAUCGAAACUCUCGCCCCUGGCCUGCGGACCCCCCUGGCAGUGCCCUGCUCUUAUCCUGGCCCAUUCGGGAUGGUUCCUCACCCGGGCAUGAACGGAGAACUGAGCGGAGCGGGAGCGGCCUACCCCGGCCUGCACAACAUCUCUCCUCAGAUGAGCGCGGUGGCGGCUGCAGCUGUAGCUGCCUAUGGACGCACUCAAGUGGUGGGAUUCGACCCUCAUCAUCACAUACGAGUUCCAGGCCUUCCUCCAAACCUGUCAGGCAUCCCUGGAGGAAAACCGGCCUACUCCUUCCACGUGAGCGCCGAUGGACAGAUGCAGCCUGUUCCUUUCCCUCCGGACGCUCUGAUUGGUCCCGGAAUCCCGCGUCACGCUCGACAGAUAAAUACCCUCAGCCACGGAGAGGUGGUGUGCGCUGUCACCAUCAGUAACCCCACCCGUCAUGUCUACACUGGGGGGAAGGGCUGCGUCAAGGUGUGGGACAUCAGUCAUCCAGGAAACAAAACCCCAGUGUCUCAACUCGACUGCCUUAACAGGGAUAACUACAUCCGCUCCUGUCGCCUCCUCCCUGAUGGACGGACUCUGAUUGUGGGGGGCGAGGCCAGUACUUUGUCCAUCUGGGAUCUGGCUGCUCCCACUCCGCGCAUCAAGGCAGAGCUGACCUCGUCUGCACCUGCCUGCUACGCUCUGGCCAUCAGCCCAGACUCCAAGGUCUGUUUCUCCUGCUGCUCCGACGGGAACAUCGCAGUGUGGGAUCUGCACAACCAGACACUGGUCAGGCAGUUUCAAGGUCACACUGACGGGGCCAGUUGUAUAGACAUCUCUAAUGAUGGCACUAAGCUGUGGACCGGCGGUCUGGACAACACUGUACGCUCCUGGGACCUGAGAGAAGGUCGACAACUCCAGCAGCACGACUUCACCUCACAGAUCUUUUCCCUGGGCUACUGUCCGACUGGAGAGUGGCUGGCUGUGGGGAUGGAGAACAGUAAUGUGGAGGUUCUACACGUGACCAAACCCGACAAGUACCAGCUCCACCUGCACGAGAGCUGCGUGCUGUCUCUGCGAUUCGCUCACUGCGGAAAAUGGUUCGUGAGCACCGGAAAGGACAAUCUUCUCAACGCCUGGAGAACACCUUAUGGGGCCAGCAUUUUUCAGUCAAAGGAGUCUUCAUCAGUGCUGAGCUGCGACAUCUCCAUAGACGAUAAGUACAUUGUGACAGGAUCCGGAGAUAAGAAAGCCACUGUCUACGAGGUCAUUUAUUAGGAGCCAAUGUAUGACACGUCCUCCCCCGCCCCCUGUACAGUUUACAAUGUGUUUCAGUGGACGUGAACGCGCUGGGACAAAGUGGACCUUCACGUGUAAACUCCUGUUGUAUGAUGGACUAAAACCGGAAAGCAGAUCUAAGCACAGACUUCUUCUUUUCCAUUCUUUACUUUGAGUGUUUGUAAUGAUGACUGAAUGUUCAAAUGCACUGAGAAGAGGAUACUUAUCUCAUAGCACUACCCAGUAUUUCUUCAGUUUUAUUCUAAGGCAAAGCUACAUUUUGUACAAUGUUUAAUAAGUUGUGCUUUAUUUUUUAAGUGUGUCAUAUUGCCUUUGUAUGUUGUACCUCACACCGAGAUUGUCUUAUCUGUUUACACUUAAGGUUUUUGAUUAUUCGUUUGAUCGCUUCUUGGGCAGGUCGGGUUAAUAUUACAAAAUGACAGCUACAUAUUGGAUCAACUGCCUCUAUAGAGUAAAAUGCACUUGCUCUUACUACAGUAGCUUAGGUUUUUACC